UUCACAUGAAUCUAGAUUGGAUUAUCAAGAGGGAAAUUUCAACAAAUAGGUGCAAAACUUAUGGAUUUUUCAAAACUAAGACCAAAUAUUAGCGUGAGACUCAACUACAUCUACAUUGACCACAAUACUCUUACUUUUAGAAAAUAACAGACAUUAAAUAGAUAAUAAAUAGACAAUAAGUAGACAAUAAAUAUCACAGCCCAGCGCAGCCCUCCGGCGUUCCACCCACCGCCACCCUCAGGUUUCUUAGUCGUCGCCGCCCUCCAUGGUUCCAGCCGCUGCCCUCCGGCGUCUCAGCCUCCACCACCGCCUCUGGCAUCUCAGCCUCCUCUGAAACCCUUCGGCGUCUCAGCCGCCGCCGCCCUCCGACGUCUCAGCCUCUGCCACGCACCGGCGUCUCAGCAGCGGCUGCCCUCAGACGACAACCUCAUCUGUCAAUCUACUCCAGCGACGAGGCCACAGCCACACAUCAGCAGGAAAGUGGAUUGAAGGGGCUGAAGGGUCAAAUUGGAAGGAAAAAAUAGAGUUUCCUGAAAUAGAAUUAAAUAAAUCACACGGAUGGAAAAAACAUGACGAAGUCCUAUUUUUGUAAACUUGCAUUGAUUCAGUCUUACAAAGAGCAAUUUUCUCUAAUCAAGAUUCAAAAGUCAUUAAUUAGCACUACUCAACUAACCUCUAGUAAUUAAUAAUCCAUAAUAAUCUAAAGGAUGACAAUAAAAUACUACAAGCAGCUGCAUGCUUUCUUCAUCUGAGCCAGAACCUUUUGUAUCUCCUUAACAUUGCUGGUUGUGGUUGGAUUGAAGUAUGGAUGCUCCUCCAGCAAUUGCUUUGCAGUUGGCCUCUUCGCUGGAUCUUCCCUAAGGCACUGUUUGGCUACAUCUCCAAGGGGAGACUCCAACAUCACACUCCUCCUCUUCUUGAUCACUAUCUCAUCAUCAUAUUUCUUUUCCCGGCCACCGAAUGAUAAUAAUGAUAACUUCCUUAAGAACGAUGGCGACGCAGAUUUCGCGUCGCCGACGUAAAAGUCGUUAGCCAACAGCGACUCAAGUCCGGCGUAUGUUGAUACCGGAAUCUCGUCACAGCCAUAAACAAGCUCCAGAAUGAAAAACCCGAAGUCCCAAAUGUCCGCUGCCUUUCCGUGCACCAUCUUAGAGUCUUUCGCCAACUCUGGCGCCAUCCUGCACGGCGCCGUCUCACACAUCAACUGGCCAAACCCUAGUUUCACAGUCGUGCACUCCGCGUCCAUGUACACAUUCCUGGCGCACACGCUGCCGUGCGCGUGGCCCCCCUCUGCAGCGUGGAUGCAGUGUAAACCCUCUAGGGUUUGGCGGAGGAGAAAAGCCGCCGCCGCCGCAUUGGGUAAGCCGUGCCGAAAAGAUCGGGUCAUCGUUAUCAUGGACCGCAGCGAAACCCUAGAAACGGAAGGCAUGACUAUCCAAAGGUGGUUGCGGUUCUUGGAGGACUUGAAGGUAGUGUGCACUCCGACGAGGUUCUUGUGGUCCCCGCAGUGCUUCGCCAGCCUGUAGGCUCCGACCGUCUCGAACACGCAGUCCAGUUUGUCGGUGUCGACGAUCAGAAUCUGGACGGGGUAUGGAAUCCUGGACGGCGGCGGCGCUGCGUAGGAAGCUUUAGUCAUGACGGCGUAGGUGGUCGCGCGGAUCGUUUCUUGAAGAUCGUAUGCAUCUUCCGCACGAAGAAACCCUUCUCCCUCCAUGCUUAUUCAAUUGAUCUGUAGCUGCGCUAUAUAAGUAUACCACAAUCAAUUUGUUUAGGUUUCGCCGUAGCGAUUUACUAGUAGUAUGAAGUAAUUAUAUAUACAAUGUCACAUGAUCUUAUCUAUUUAGUGCAAUCUUAUCUAUUAAUUCAUCUCUUUUAAAAGUUGUUUCCAAAUAUUUCUUUUUAAAGUUGUUUCCAAAUACCGAUUAUUAACUUUUUACAUUACAUACUGCGUAAUACAUAAGUGAUUUUACAAUUUGUGAUCUCAAAGGUUAUGGCAUAUUGAUGAUAUAGAACCACAUAUAUAUACUACUCCCUUUAUUCCAUAAUUUAUUCAAAAUUAUACUAUGUACGUGGUAUUAAAUAGGACUGAAAGCAAUGUCUUCAAAAUAGAAGUGUUACAAAUUAAAGGGGUGUUUGGUUAAUGGUCUAUGAGCCAUUUUUGGCUAUUUUGAUAAAUAUUUGUCAUUUUGAUCAAAUGAAUCAACUAAUAGAGGUGUUUGGUUACUUGACUUUUUUAUUUAGCUUUUUAUCCAAACGGCCAAAUUAUAAAAAGCCAGAAAACUUGGUGUUUAGCCGGUUUAGGCAUCAGUUGAUUCAGUUUCUCGCCCAAUUUUCCUAAUCUACCCACGCAUAAUAUAAUUCUACGCCCCCGCCCUUCUCUUCACUAAUUCUCCUUCUCGACAAAAAAAAUUGCACUUUUGCUCUCCAUUUUUUCUCAAUCUCUGUACUCUCUCUUGAAUGAUUUUCGUUUUCUAUUUUACUUCUUUCAACCAAUUAAUGAUGUACUACGUAGUUGUUUCUUUAGUGAAGUUGUUUCUUUAGUGACUUCGUAUGGACAAGAAUAAUAAACAAGGCACUGCCAAAUUGAUGUUUUGAUGCUAUGAAAGAAUAAGGAAUGGAUUUCAACUCAUACAUGCAAGUCUAUGUCUGAAGCUCUUCUCUUCGUCUGAUCAAUUUUUUAAGAUCCGAUAUGAUCUGAAUUUUUAUGAUUUGAUCUGAUCUGAAUCUUUCUGAUUUGAUCUGAAUCUUUCUGAUCUGAUCUGAAUGUUUCUGAUCUGAUCUGAUCUGGUCUGAAUCCUUCUGAUCUCAUCUUGACUUUCUAAAGUGGUAUAUAAUAAUAAUAUCAAUAAUAAUUAUAAUAUAAUAAUAAUAAUAUAAUAAUAUAUAAUAAUAAUAAUAAUUACUAUUAUUAUUAUACUAAUAAUUAUUAUUAUUAUUAUAAUAUAAUCGAUAAUAAUAGAAUGUUUUCAAUUUGCUAUGAAUGUUUCUGAUCUGAUCUGAAUGCUUCUGAUCUGAUCUGAAUGUUUCUGAUUUGAUCUAAUCUGAUUUGAAUCUUUCUGAUCUGAUCUGAAUUUUUCCGAUCUGAUCUGAAUUUUUCCGAUCUGAUCUAAUCUGAUCUGAAUAAAAUAAGAAUAAGUAGUAAGUAAUAAGAAUAAGACGAACAGAACAACUUCUCAAUUCAUCAAAUGGGUUGUUGCUUUUUUUUUUUAACCCGUACUAAAAUUCGGUUUUAGCUGCUAUUUAUUCCGUCUACUACUGAAAUUGAGUUUUGCUGCUAUUUUAGUCCCACGGCUCAUACUUUGCCUUCAUUUUUAGAUGCUCCGAUCCAUAUUAGUUUCUUUAUUUUAUUUAAUCAGAUUUUUUAUUUUUAUUUUGCAUAGCUAAUUCAGCUAUAUAUAUUACGUUUAGGCCUCGCCAUAGAUGCUCUUAGCCUCUAAUUUACAAGUAGCUUGAGGCUUAGUAAGUUAGGUGCCAUGAAUGUUAUCCAACAUUCAAUUUUUCUGAAUUUUUUUAGGAUGCAUUAGGUGUUAUAAUUGUUGGGUGUGUUUCGAAAAAACAAAGAAAAUAAUUAAUAAAAAUUAAUUAAUUAAAUGACUAAAGAAAAAUAGAAAACAGAUGAAGCAGAAUUUAGCCAGAGCUCGUGCUACGCACGAUGUCUUUAAAAUGUAUUCGUCGCCGUCCACGGUGCUAGGAGCGUUGCAACGACCGUUUCCCAGGAUACGGUGGCUCACGAACAAACGUUUGAGCACACAAACGAAUGUUCCUGCGAACGGGAACAAGUCAGAACACUUAAGAAAUUUUCAGAAUGCUGGAGGUGUUUUUAGAGCUCAAAAUACGUGUAUGAUUGCUUGUGAAUAUGUCUUUGUUUCAAAGCACCUGCCAGCUAUUUAUAGGAGGAUUUGUUGUGUGUUAAAUGAAGUUUUAAAAGACAUGAACGUUGGACAUCAAUGACCAGUCCGUUGGGCAUUGAAUCGUCCAUAAACUGUCCAUUUAACGAUGCAUUAAAAGAUAAGAACGUUGGACAUUUAUUGUUGUAACGGUCCAGAAGACCUCGAGCCUUUCUGUUGCGACCAGAAGACCUCGACCCCUUCUGUUAUGAACAGAAUGCCUCGGCCCCUUCUGUUGUGACCAGAAUACCUCGGGGGUUUCUGUUGAGCCGAACAGAAGUGGAGCGGUUCUGUUGAGAACAUAACCUUCUUUUAGUCCGGACAGAAGCGGAGCAAUUCUGCCAGCCUGAAAAAAUAAGGAACGUUUACUGGAAGAAACAAAAACUAAAUCGUAUCUUUGAAUGAUAGAUUUUCGAACGACAUUUGUGUCCGUUGGUCGCCUGCGCACACGAGUCGUGAUUUUUCUUCUCCGUUUUCGAGAUUUGAUCGGCACCCCUUCCUGCGUGUGAAGAGAGCCUUUCCCCGUAGGAAUCUUAACUCCUUCAAAGAGGAUUCCCUUUAUAAGGGGGUGAAAAUACAUUGAGUUUUCCGGUGUGGGAUAAAACACACUAGAAACCCAUCAUUUUCAUAGUUUUUCCAUUUUUAACGAGUGAACUUCGAGAAUCAAUUUCUCAUUCACCCGUUAUCCAUUUUGAGUGUACCACAUAUCGAAUUGUAGCCCUUAACAAGGACAAUCUGAAACCACUUUGACCCGACCCAAAUCGGAAGUGCACACCACUCAAAAUAUUGCCCCAAAAUGACCAUUUAAUGCAAUUUUUAACACAGUUUUCCAACAAUAAUACGUAUAUAAAAAGUAGUUAGUAAAAAUCAUCUAAAACGAGUGCGUCCAUCUCCCUCUGAGUAGGGUUUGUGGAGCUGCGCACGUUAUGUGCGAUUCGUUCAUCGACAAAGCAGGCAGAGGCGGACGUGAAUUCUGCUUCUCCCCUAUAUGGCUUGAUUUCAUCUUUCUUCUAGCAUUCUUCAUUGGUAAAGCAGAGUAAUAUCGCAGGUGUACUCCUUGAGGUGGAGCACGUUAAGGAUGCAGUCAAUUACAGCUUACUCAGACGAGAAUCAAAGCUUUUGCUUGGGAUGGAGGACAUCGCAGAUAGAUAUAACAACAUGGAGAUAGGUGGAGAUGAGGACGAGCUGGUUUUCGACGAGGAGUCAGUCGGCGAGGGAGAAAACUCGGAUCGCAGUGCUACUUUCCCAAUCGUGGGUACUCUUCUCAAAAACAAAAUGGUGAAAUUUCCGGUGUUUAGGGAUCUCAUGGUUUCUCUAUGGCGCCCUGGGAAAUGGAUCUCAAUCAAAGAGAUCGGCGAAAAAAGGUACCUAUUCACUUUUUAUCACAUCGAUGGCUCGGAUUUAGGCGUGCCCGCCGAAGCUGAUGGUAAUACCCUCCUUGGCGUCUUCGUCUACAAUUGUUUUUAUUUUGCUAACUGUCCUCUUUUGUUAUGCAGAUUUUGUGAUGGACCGCAGAUCCGUCAUGGCCCUUGCCAAGGCGAAGGCGAAGGAGGAGAUGGCUGCCAAGGAGGCCGCGAAGCUGGCCGCUGCGAGUGGUGCGCAGCCGAGUUCAGAUGCGGCAAAGAAACCGCCCACCCAGCCGAAGAAAAAGCGGCUGGUUGAUGACGGUCAGAAGAAGUUGACUGAGGCUGGCAUGCAGCCUUCGAAGAAGUCGAAGUGGCUUCUCCUUCGGCUGAGGCUGAUGCCGGGGUUGCAACUGUGCCGGCUGAUGAUGUUGGGGGCUCUAAUGCCAUUGUUGUUGUCGAGAUGGUUUCUGCCCCCUCGUCGAUUGCUAUGUCCUAGCCGCCCCCUAUCGGCCAAGACUCCCGGAAGAAGAGGGCCGGAAAGGAGUUGGCCAACGGGACCUACAAGCUUGAGGUCGAGUACCCUAUCAAGGGUGGCAUUUUUAACGAUGAUGUUGACGGCCAUGACGUGCUUGCCCAAGCUGUCCCGGUUGAGGACCGGGCUUAUCUGAAGAAGCUUGGCCCCGUCAGGAUUUAUGACGGCGGGAUGGACCUUGUCUUCCAAGUAAGUUCCUUGUACUUUACCCUUUUUACACUUCUUGAUGCCACAAGUGUUUGCAUCGUCCUAACCUUCUCAUUCAUUGCAGGGGGCCCUUAUGCUGAUGGAGAACCAUAAGAGGCAGGAACAAGAGAUUGCUCGGUUGAAAGAGGCUGAGCAAAAAGCGGAUUCGGCCGAGGAGGCCAUGGCCUACCUGGACUGGCUCCGGGACGAAGUGGGGGCCCUGAAGAAGAGGGUCGAUGACGCCGAUGCGACCUAUCAUCAGGUGGCGGCCGAAAGGGAUGACGCCUUGAGAGUAAAGGAUGAGGCGCUAAAGGGUCGCGACGAAGCCCUGCUCCGAGCCGAGGAUGCCGCGAAAUCCCAAGCUGAAGCCGAGAAGGCUGCUGAGAAGGCUGCUGAUGCCGCAGUCGAGAAAUUUCUGGUCGAAGGUCGUCGGCCCUGGUGCUACGAGGUUGUGGCGGACCGGCUAGAAGAUUGGGCCAGAACUGCCCUACCGGCCAAGACUACUUUCAAAGGGAGAUGUCUGUCUAUUACGACAUGGGUCAGCAGAGGAUGCAACGGCCAAUCUACCAGAGGCUGCAUCGCGCUUUCAAAAAGCUGAAGCUUACCCAGAGAUGGGCCAGGAAGAAUCUGAUGCUUCCCAAGAUAAUGAAGGACCCAGAGGACGAAGCAAAUCUCCCCCCUUUUGAGAGGCAAGCCCCGAUACUCAACUCCUCCAUUGGUGAGCCGGAUUGGUCCGACGACGACGCCUUGGCCGACACUGUUGUCUCCGCAGUAGCCGAGGCCAGUGCAGAUGUGGGGACGGAGGAGGGCACCGAAGUUGUUGUCGAGAAAGCCGAUGUGGGGCAGGUUGCUGAUGAGGUCGCCCCGGAGAAUUGAUCGGCCAACCCUCUUUUCCCUUUUUUUAGCUUAGGUCGGUGUUGUGGCGCCCUUAUUUUGUAAUGGCCGUUGUGCCCCCAUGUACCUUUCCUUUGAUGAAUGAAAAUAUGUUUCUCUUUCGACUUUAGUGUUUACGAUGUCCUCCUCGUCUUUCCUUUCCUUUUGCUUUUGUUAUCCUUACUUCGAAAUUUUUCCAAGUGUUUAAGUUGGGACUUGGACAAUCAUUCUCUUUGGUUGUUUCCUCUGGUUGUGGCCGAAGCAGGUGAUGGAUAGUAUACCCGGGGGGUAGCUUAUCCGAGGGGUUAUUACGGAGAAUAACUAGAGAGAAGUCAGAGUAAGUAAGUAUAGAGAGAGAAAGUAUAUUAGCAAGUAUCCAGCGUGUUGUGACUUGGUUACAAAUGGGGAAAUGGGGUGCUAUUUAUAGCAGCAAUAAAUGCCAGACAGGGACACGUGUCAAGCGUCCAUUGGCCGAGAGGUCACCUCAACUGGUUGGCGCUGACAAACGCAUGUGGCCGCAUUUAAUGCGGCUGUUGGAUGGGGCGUUGUACAGGGUAAGGUGAUCCAUACGCAUGUGGAGCGGAUAUUGUGUCGGAAAAGGCGCCCUCGGCAGUAGAUGACAAGCCGAGGGCUCUGAGUACCGGGGACCCCCUUAGUGCCGAGGGCUACUGAUUUUCGCCGUUUUUCCCAGUAACUUUGUUUUCCUGUCUUGGCCCUCCUGUGAGAGUUAGAGCCUUCGGUCAGGGGGCUGAAGACACCCCUGGUGCGCAUUGUGGGCUGCUUGGUACUUUGGGCGCGGUGAUUCGGGCCUGUUGUGCUUUCUGGGCCUGUUGGGCCUUCAUUGGAGUAGUAGGUGUCUGUGGGCCGGGGGUUCCCGGGCCAUAUACUCCAUCAGGAGUCCCUCACUCCUUUUUUCGAAAGGUACUUGAGGGAAAAUGAGUAAUUGUGUUUGUCCUCUGCCGUUGUUCCAUUGUAGUUUGUGGUGUUGUGGGUAGUUUGUUGUUUGUUUAUUCUGCCGGGGGCAGUCCCUCAGUUACCCACAUGUCGGGACUUGAGGGGUCAUGUUUGUGAUUUUUGUGAUUUUUCCCGGGGGUGGGGGGGGGUUCUCCAGUCCCCCACUCCUUGAGGCACUUGCAAAGUGGUGAAAAGGAGUAGAGUAGUUGCGUUGCUGUUUUGGGCCGAAGGCUGACGCUUUUCGUUUCAUUUUGGGGGGAUGCCUCGUUAAAAACCUCAUUAGGAAAAACCCUAUGGGAAAAAAUCCUAAUGAGGGAAAAAGAGUGCACCGAAUUCCCCCAACGAUGAAUCGAAAAUGUGAAACCUUGGUUCAAAAUGGAGAAUAAUGCUGAUGCCGAAGGCUUUCCUUGUUCUGAGGGCUCAUGUGUUGAUUAGCCGGGGGCAUGCUGUUGAUUUCCUGGGAGGUACCGAAGGGGAGUCCCUCAAUCUGGGGAUCGAGGGCGUCAUGAAUGUGAGUAGCAGUUGAAGUGUCACCGGGGUGCCCCCUGUUUGUUGUUCAGUUGGGGAGAAGGGUAUCCGAGGGCUCCUGUAACCUGUGUGCCGUAGGCUGUCCGUCAAUGAGGCGCAUUUCCCGGGGGCUACCCGGCCCUCAAAGUGCUGAGGGGGGAUCCCCGAGGGGUGGCCUGUUAUGAGGCCGUGGGCUUCUGAAGGAGUGAGCCCGAAGGCACUUGUUAUGUAGUAGCCUUCGGGGACACUUUGAGUUGUUGUUGGCUGAGCCUGCCAUGUUUUGUAGUAUUUGAACCUUCGGUUUUAUGUGUAGCUGGAGGCAAUCCUUGAGUGGACUUAGCCAUUUGUUGAUGAUGUCUGUUAUGAACGGUAUCCUUUGUGCUUGUGAACUUCCAGGUACCGAAGGUGUUCCCGUGGGGAGCCCUCGGUAUGUUUUUAUGAAUUGUUGGAGUGAUGUACUCAUUGAUUUCUCGCCGAGUCUACUCCCCUUCACCACCCCAUUUUUUUUUGAGUAGUGAAGGGAAGGCUUCAAGAAACUUGGUUUCUUGGUAAGGUUUGGCCUAUCGGGAGGUAACUGAAUACACCAUAAGCUCCCCCCUCGGGUUAACCUUCCGAGUUCUGAGGGGAUCGAGGGUCGAUUCCUGGGUACAAGAUGUGGUGGUCUGUAGCCUGCCUCCCCUUGGGGGAUGGCGCGGAAAGCGCCUCAGUUUUGAAAGUCGUCCCCUCGGUGCUAGACAUAGUCCAUGGCCUGCCACACCCUUGGGGUGGUGGCGCGGGGAGCGUUUCGGAUUGGAAGUCGAAUCCUGGGCAUUUAUCGUGCCUGUCAUACCCUUGGGGUGAUGACGCGGAAAGCGUUCCGUUUUUGAAAGUCGAAUCCUGGGCAUUUCUCGUGCCUGUCAUACCCUUGGGGUGAUGACGCGGAAAGCGUUUCAGGGAAGGGUUUUCAUUUGCACACUGGUUGCAAAUGGCCGGGUGCACUACGUGCUGCCGGCACCGAGAAGUGGCGCCUUCGGUAUAGGCGUCCUCGAGGAGUACGACUUAGAAACAACACUUGGUGUUUGUUCCGAUUUGCGGCCCCCGGUACUUGGUACCGAGGGGUCUUUUGUGAAAACACUUGGUGUUUUUUCCCAUUUUUUGGAGAUGAUUGUGUCGUCUACCCUCGGUACUUGGUACCGAGGGGUCUUCUGUGGAAACACUUGGUGUUUCUCCCCGAUUGUUGAAGGGGAUUGUGUUAUCUACCCUCGGUACUUGGUACCGAAGGGUCUUCUGUGGAAACACUUGGUGUUUCUUCUCAUCUGUUGAAAGCUGCUGGUGGCGUGUCCCCCCGGCACCAGGUGCCGAGGGGGUUCCUUUUGGGGACGGGUGGUGCUUUGUUGUAGGUGAUAGUAUUGUCUACCCUCGGCACUUGGUGCCGAGGGUUCUUCUAUUAUGGUGAGGCCUUGGGCCUGAGGGUGAUAUGAGGGUUUGGCCCUUGUGAUAUUCUUGUUCCGUGUUCUCGGUGUCUUCAAAAUGCCUUCAUUCUUCAGAAUUCUUAGGCCUUGGGGCGUAAAAUAAUACAUUCACUAGUUAUGAGAGCUUGGCCGCUCUGAUGUUAUUGAUAAAAUUUAACUAAGUGAUGUACAUUCCAGUGCCUAGGGACUUCAGUCCCGUUAGGGCGUUUUAGCUUGUAUGUUCCGGGUUUGAUGAUGGCUGCCACGAUGUAGGGGCCCUCGAACUUUGGUGCCAUCUUUCCUCCCUCGGUUGGUUGGCUAGCUUCCCUUCUUCGGAGAACAUAGUCCCCCACUUGGAAUUCCCGGGAGCGAACCUUGGCAUCAAUGUAACUUUUCACUUGCCUUCAGUAGUUUUCCGUGCGCAUGAAGGCUUGCUCUCGGCGUUCUGAAAUCAGGUGGAGGUCGAGGGCCAUAUUGGCGUCGUUGGCCUCUGGAUCAUACUGUAUGACCCUUCGGGUUGGAAGAGUUACCUCGGUGGGGGCCUUGCUUCAAAUCCGUAGUAAAGGGAGAAGGGUGUCUCGUCAGUUGCCCGCCGAGGGGUGGUACGGUAGGCCCAUAAGAUGUUGUGGAGCUCUUCUACCCAACCACCCCCUUCGGCCUCCAGCUUCUUUUUUAGGCCCUCGAGCAAGGUCAUGUUGGCGUUCUCCACUUGACCGUUGCCCUGAGGGUAAGCAACGGACGAGAAGGUGUGUUUGAUGCCCCAUGCCUCUAGGAGGGCACAGAAGGGGGCUGCCUCGAACUGAGUCCCGUUGUCGGAGAUUAUUUGCUGAGGGACGCCAAACCUGGUGAGGAUGUUCUUGAGAAAAAAUGACGGCACCUGGCCUCAGUGAUGCUGGCGAGGGGCUCCGCUUCCACCCAUUUGGUGAAGUAAUCGAUGGCGACAAUGAUGUAUCUGUUGUUGGAGGUACCCCUCGGCAGAGGGCCCACGAGGUCUAUGCCCCAUCGAGCGAAGGGUAUGGAUGUGCUGAUGGGGGCAUAGUUGACCGCUGGCCUGCCGGGGGCUUUCUGGAAGUGUUGGCAAGCGGGACACCUCCGGGCAAGAUCUGCACAAUCCUGGGCCAUCGUAGACCAGAAGUAGCCCUGGAUUAUUAGCCUUUGGGACAUGGAGAAGGGUCCCUGGUGAACUGAGCAAGUGCCACUGUGUACUUCCUCCAUCCCCACUUCAGCUUCAUCUUGAUGAAGGCACCGAAGUAGUGUCCCGUUGUAGGACCUUUUGUAAAGCCUCCCGUCUUCGAUAAUGUAGCUGGGAGACCUCAGUUUUGCCAGCUUGGCGCGGGCCUCAUCCUCGGGCAGUUGCCCUGUGGUGAUGAAGGCGACGACGUCUGAGAUCCAGUCGCCUUGCCUUUGUUGUAUGUGCAUGAUGGGGCUAGCAUGUAUGCUAGAGAGGCUGAGUUAUUCUAUGUUGGCAAUCUUCGAGAUAUGCUCAGGGGAUUCUGCCGAGAGCUUUGAUAAAAUGUCGGCCUCGUAGUUUUGAGCCCUCGGUAUUUGAGUAAGAGAGUGUGCCUCAAAUACCUUAAGCAACUCCUUGGCCGCCUCCUUGUAUUGCUUCAUUCUCCCUUCCUUGGCUUCGUACUCCCCGGAGAUUUGGCCGACGACUAACUUGGAGUCGCACUUGACGUGGAUUUGUCGGGCCUUCAUGUUAGCUGCCAGCCGAAGGCCACAGAGGAGAGCCUCGUAUUCGGCUUCAUUGUUGGAGACUUUGAAGGAGAAACGGACUGCAUAAUAGGCCCGGAAGCCCUCGGGUGAGAUGAGAACCACCCCUCCUCCACAUGCCUUGAUGGCGGAGGAGCCGUCGGUGUAGAGAGUCCACCAAUCAUCUGAAGGGGCCGAGGGCUCCUCGUCUGUGGCUGCCCUUGCCGUACACUCCGUCACGAAGUCCGCUAGGGCUUGGCCCUUGAUGGCGGGCCUAGGACGGAUGUCGAUGUUGCAUUGGCUCAAGAAGACAGCACAUUUUACCAUUCGGGAGGAGCAAGUGGGGCUCCUCAUCAAGGCGCCGAGGGGUUGGUGAGUGAGGACCUGGACCGGGUGAGCUUGGAAGUAGUGGCCCAACUUCUUGACGGUCCAUACGAUAGCCAAUACUGUUUUUUCCACGGGGGAGUACCGGAGUUCCGCCUCCCUGAGGGUCUUGCUAACAUUGAAGAUGGCAUGCUGGAAGUCAUCCUCUUCCCGGAUGAGUACUGAGCUGAUGGCAGCCGGGCUAACACCCAAGUAGAGGUACAGGAUCUCCCCUACCUUGGGUUUAAAGAGCACAGGGGGUGAAGAUAAGUAUCGUUUCAGCUCCUCGAAUGCCCCCUGACAUUCUGAAGUCCACUGGAAACCGGCGGUGUAACACCCCGGCCCCGUAGGCCCCGAGGUAGUUACUUCUGACCUCUAGUACUGUCCUCACAAACCGCCACUAGCCUUUUCCGCGCACUUUGUCCUCACUCGUGCGCGCCCUGAGAAACUUCCCAGGGGGUCACCCAUCUUAAGACUACUCCCGUGCAAGCACGCUUAAUUUUGGAGUUCUUGGCUAAUGAGCUCCCUUAAAAGGAGAUGCAUCUUGUUGGUAUGAGUAGUACUAUUAAUCCAUUUAAAUUAAAUCUCAAGUGUUACAAUCACCCCCACUUAGGAUCGCAACGUCCUCGUUGCGUCCUUGAACCAAUCUCAAUCAUAUCCCAGAAUCUUUUCCCCUACUAAGUGCCCGCCCGAUAUCCAACGGAUCAACACACUGUCGCAGGGUUGCUCUGAUACCAUUUGUAACACCCCGGCCCCGUAGGCCCCGAGGUAGUUACUUCCGACCUCUAGUACUGUCCUCACAAACCGCCGCUAGCCUUUUCCAAACACUUUGUCCUCACUCGUGCGCGCCCUGAGAAACUUCCCAGGGGGUCACCCAUCCCAAGACUACUCCCGUGCAAGCACGCUUAACUUUGGAGUUCUUGGCUAAUGAGCUCCCUUAAAAGGAGAUGCAUCUUGUUGGUAUGAGUAGUACUAUUAAUCCAUUUAAAUUAAAUCUCAAGUGUUACAGGCGGUUUUCCUCAUGAUCUGGAAGAAGGGUAAGGACUUCUCCGCCGAUUUUGAUAAGAAGCGAUUGAGGGCUGCCAGGCGGCCCGUCAAUCGUUGGACCUCCUUUACGUUGUGUGGGGGCUCCAUGUUGAUGAUGGCCUGGAUUUUCUCGGGGUUGGCCUCGAUACCCCUUCGGCUCACCAUGUUGCCCAAGAAUUUGCCCCCUGGACGCCGAAGGUGCACUUCUUGGGGUUCAGCCGAAGGCUAAACUUCUGCAUGAUGGCGAAGAUCUCCCUCAGGUCAUCAGCAUGGCUUGCUGAUUGCUUGCUCUUGACGAUCUUGUUGUCAACAUACGCCUCCAUGGUGCGCCCUAGGACGGCUUGGAAUACCUUGGCCACCAUCCGAGUGUAGGUGGCACCUGAGUUCUUUAGGCCGAAGGCCAUGACGAGGUAGUAGAAGAUGCCCUCGGGAGUCAUGAAGGCUAUUUUUUCAGCGUCUUGCUCAUGCAUGUAUAUUUGAUGAUAUCCGCGGAAUGCGUCGAGGAAUGACAUGAUUUCACACCCCGCGGUUUCAUCCACGAUUUGAUCAAUAUUUGGCAAAGGAAAGGGGUCCAUGGGACACGCCUUGUUGAGAUUCGUGUAGUCCACGCACAUGCGGAAUGAGGGUGGUUUCUGUGCGAGGACCACGUUUGCCAGCCAUGAGGGGUAUUUUACCUCCUUGAUGUGCCUGAUAGAGAGGAGCAUGGCGACCUCCUUCUUUACGAAUUCCCUCCUCUCGGCCGAGAGGGGUCUCCUCCGCUGCUGUACUGGUUUGGUCGAAGGGUCCACCGAGAGGCGGGGGGUGAUGACCCUUCGGCUGAUCCCCGGCAUGUCCUCUGGCCCCCAUGCAAAAACAAUGGAGUAGGCGCGGAGGGCGCUGAUGAUGUCGGUCCUCAAAUCUUCAGGGAGCUUGGCUCCAAUGUUCACGACUCUCUCCGGCUUGGCCGGAUCGAGCGCGAAGUCUUCUACCUCCUCGGCUGGUUCAGCCCUCAGCCUCCUUUCUUCCACUUCCACAGUUCCGGUGAUGGUGUCAACGCAGAACUCCGUCUUGCUAACCUUCUUUGUAACUUGAAGGUAGCAAGCGCGGGCAAGCUUUUGGUUUCCCCUUGAGUAACCGAUUCCCCCUUCGGCUGGGAACUUGAGGCAGAGGUGCCUCAUGGAGAUGACGGCUUCGAGAUCCUCAAGGGCUGGCCUGCCGAGGAUGAUGUUGUGGGCGCAGUCGAUGUUGACGACGACGAACUCCACUUCGAGCUUGGCUCUAUGGAGGCCGUCGCCGAAGAUUACUGGGAGGGUUAUUCCCCCCUCGGAAUCAAUGGUGUCGCCGGUGAAACCGGCAAGAGGGGUCUUGAUGGGCCGAAGGGACCCCCUCUCCAGAUGCAGCUCUCUGAAGGUGUUGAGGUACAUUACAUUGACGGAGCUGCCCGUGUCAAUGUAAGUUCUGUGAAUAAUAGUGUCGUUGAUCUCUGUGCGGAUGACGAGGGCAUCCCUGUGGGGGGAGGAUACUGGGGGGAGAUCAGCGUUGGUGAAGAUAAUGGGUUCCUCCCUCACGUAAAGUGAUUGAGCCCACUUCUUUCGUUGACUCGUAGAGUCACCCCCGGUAUUUCCCCCUGUAAUCAUGAGGAUGUGACGUUUCUUUUCUUGAUACCGGGGGUACUCCUCCUCCUCUUCUUCCAAGUUCCCAAUCUCCCUCUUUUUGCCGAGGGGGAUGGUGUUGGGGUUGACCCAUGCAUUCGCUCUCGCAGUUUGCCCUCGGGGUGGCCCCUGAUGAGGGGGGCCUUGCUGCUGAGGGCCCUGGACAAACUGGGACAGAUGGCCAGCUUGUAUCAAUCUCUCGAUGGCCGUCCUCAGCUGAUGGCAAUCAUCGGUCCUGUGCCCCUGGUGUCGGUGUAAACGACAAUAGGGGUAGUUUGGAUUGAUGGCAAAUACUUCCGAGGGCGCUCUCCUCAGCAAAAUCCAGGAUGACGCUAACGGGGUGCGUCAAUGGUGUCCGAGGGUGCUCCAGGAGGACAGGCUGUGCCCAAGCCCUCGGGUUCCCCUUGUAGCCUCCCCCAGGCUUGGCUUGGCCGUGCCGGGGGCGAUCACCGGAGGGGGCAGGAUCCCUGGGAUGAUUGCGGGGAGCCCCCGGUUACCUUUGUCUUCUGGCCGAGGGCGUUGCUGAUCUGGGACAUGGUGGCAUUUCUCCUCCUCCUCGGCCUCGGCGUACCGGUCCCCCCCGCUGUAGGGCCCUUAUAUAAUCGCGGGGGGUUCGAUGAUGAGGCUCCUUGAGAAGUUCCCGGGGCGGAGUACUGUUUGUAGGAGGGCCAGGAGGGUCCCGUCGUCAGCGCCAUCAACUUUAUCAGCCUCCGUCCUCCAGCGCUCCAGGAAGUCCCGAAGGGUCUCCUCCUUCUUCUGCCUCACUGUUAGCAAGUGGGAGAAGUGUUUUCUUGUGCGGCGCCUCCCCGCAAAUUCGUCAAGAUUCGCUGGGCGAGUUCUUGCCAUGAGUCAAUGCAGCCCUCGGGCAAUCGAUUGAACCAUUCGCAAGCUGGCCCUUCUAGGGUGGAGAGGAACCAGCGGCACAAAUAUUCAUCCGAUGCCCCCACCAUCAUCAUGUUGUUUUGAUACCGGCUGUAGUGCUCUUGGGGGUCAGUCUUUCUGUCAUAGGGCUUGAUGAGCUGCCCUCGGUAUUUUUCCGUGAUCUGGGCCGCCAAUACCCUUGGGGUAAAUGGCGUCCGGGUCCGAAGCUGUAUGGUGGGUUCCCCGGAGCCCUCGGCUAUCUUCUUCUGCGUUUCCUCCAUCUUGGCCAUCAUCGCCUCAUACUUGAGGUCCGUAUGAGGGGCAGAAGUGGUGGUGUGGGCUUUGGUGGCCUCCAUCUCGUCAAGCCGGCGCUGGAGGGCCGCAAUGAUUUUGUCUCGGGGGUCCCUCGGGAGGGUCUUCGCCCCCUGCGAAUGGACCCGAGCCGAGUGGGCCUGGUUGAUUUGGUGGCGCGCGUCGUCGGCAUGGAGAGGUGCCUUGCCCUUGUCCUGAGGGGGACGCCUUUCAUUGGCCCUUGAGACGGACCCGUCACUUUCCUGAGGCCUUUGGAACGCCUUCCCCCCAAGGCGGUCUUGGACGCCCCUCUGAGUCUCUCGAGGGCGGAGGUCCGGAGUUGUUCCUUGUUCACGUUGUGGCGGUCCCGGGACUGGACUUCCUGGGAGGCCGUAUCUUGGGCCACGACCCCCUCGGAGUUCCGGAGGACCGGGUUACCGAGGGGUCGUGGAUGAGGGGGAGGCAUGAUAUUCUCCCCCGCCUGAGGUUGGAGGGGAACCAAAGUGCCGAAGGCACCCGGGUUCUGGGUGAGCGUCUGGAUGAAGGCGGAGAGCGCCGAUUGUACGUCGAUGGUGAUGACCGGAGGGCUAAUUUGAUUUUCGCUCCGGUCCUUUUUCUUGGCCUCGAUGCCGAGGCGGGCAUCGGGGGCAUUUUGUUGAAUCUGCUGGCGUAGGUCGACAGCCGUCUGGUCUAACCCGGCGAUGACGCCGCCCCCGGGAGCCCUGUUAGAGGCCUCGGGGACGUCGACCUCACCGAGGGCCAGGUUCCUGUCCUCUACAUUCUUGGAGUUGGCACGAGUUGUUCUCACCAUUUUAGAUGGGUGUUUUGUAUUUGGUCGAGGUGGAGGGUUUCUUACUUGAUUGUUCGACCUCUCAACGAGAGCACCAAAUGAUGGAUAGUAUACCCGGGGGGUAGCUUAUCUGAGGGGUUAUUACGGAGAAUAACUAGAGAGAAGUCAGAGUAAGUAAGUAUAGAGAGAGAAAGUAUAUUAGCAAGUAUCCAGCGUGUUGUGACUUGGUUACAAAUGGGGAAAUGGGGUGCUAUUUAUAGCAGCAAUAAAUGCCGGACAGGGACACGUGUGAAGCGUCUAUUGGCCGAGAGGUCACCUCAACUGGUUGGCGCUGACAAACGCAUGUGGCCGCAUUUAAUGCGGCUGUUGGAUGGGACGUUGUACAGGGUAAGGUGAUCCAUACGCAUGUGGAGCGGAUAUUGUGUCGGAAAAGGCGCCCUCGGCAGUAGAUGACUAGCCGAGGGCUCUGAGUACCGGGGACCCCCUUAGUGCCGAGGGCUCCAACUGCCGAGGGCUACUGAUUUUCGCCGUUUUUCCCAGUAACUUUGUUUUCCUGUCUUGGCCCUCCUGUGAGAGUUAGAGCCUUCGGCCAGGGGGCCGAAGGCACCCCUGGUGUGCAUUGUGGGCUGCUUGGUACUUUGGGCGCGGUGAUUCGGGCCUGUUGUGCUUUCUGGGCCUGUUGGGCCUUCAUUGGAGUAGUAGGAGUCUGUGGGUCGGGGGUUCCCGGGCCAUAUACUCCAUCAGCAAGUAACUUAGGUGAUCAUGCUUCGUCCAUAAUGAACACCCCUUGCUUUAACAGCACUUUAGAAUUUAUUCUAGGUGUCAUACUUUAAGUGAUUGAGUGUCCGCUUCGUCUUGUGUCAUCCCCCACCCCUUUUUAUUUUACUUGCAAUUUUUCCAAGUGUUGAACAAGAACUCAUGAACCUACUUCCUGUAGUUGUGGCCGAUGAAGGAUCUUGCCCUUUGCUCGGCUGGGGGGGGGAAUGUCUUCUUCGUCUUUGUAAUGUUUGGUGUCCCACUUUUUUGUGGAAAUCUCUAAGUGUUUAGCUUAGAGUAUGUGUCCGCUUCAUUCUGACGUGGACGAUGAGAGUUGUUGAUUCUCCGUCCGGCCUUAGGACCCUAAUGAUGGUGACGUGGACACGAUUACCUAGGGUGCCCCUUAGGAAUUUUCCCAAAUAUUUGGAAAUUGUUCCAAUUGUUGGAUAAACUUUGGUGAUUGCUUCCUUAAUGGGUAGCUGAUGACGGCUUCCCGUUAAGGUUGCCUGAUGCCGGCUAUGUGGCGCCCUUGUCGGCCACGGGAGUUUACCUUGGCAUUUUUGUCCAAGUUUCCUCUCUUUUUUCUUUUCGUACGAACGUUUUCGCCCAUAAUGCGUGGUAUUUUCCUGAUACGUACUCAAUUUCGGGGAUUUUAUUUUUAUUGCUCGUGGCCGGUCCAUCGGCUUCCCUCUUUUGUCUUUGGGGAUAUCGCUUUAGGCUGGCAAGUGUGUGGUCCUUCGGUUGUCCCUCUUUUAUUUUUGGGGAUAUCGCUUUAGGCCGGCAAGUGUGCGGUCCUUCGGUUGUCCCUCUUUUAUUUUUUGGGGAUAUCGCUUUAGGCCGGCAAGUGCACGGUCCUUCGGCUGUCCCUCUUUUAUAUUCUUCCUCUUUACUUCUUUGAGCGAGGAGUGGGUAUCCUUCUUUAAGGCUUCGUCCAAGGGGUCGAUAGUCCCUCGUCCGGUAAGGAGUCCUACUGGAUCGUCAUGUAAUCUCAGGGAGGUCCCGUCGCCUAUUUAUGACGCGGGCUAACGCUUUUGGUCGUUUAUCGACGGCUGUCGUUCCUCAUCCCUAAGUUUGGGGAUUUUUGUCACCUAGGCCAUGAUUUCAGACUUGUCGUCCUGCGAUUUCGCGGGUGGGCGACGCGGUGAGCUUCCCAUUUCAAGACGUGGGCUCUUUGUGGGCCCUUCGUCCUGGGGACACCGUCAACCUUACCUGAGCGUCUCGCUCUAAGGGGCCGAAACGAUGUGCUCUGUCGACCUUUCCUGAGCAUUUUUGCUUUGAGGGGUCAGUGUAGUAUAGUAUCAUUUCCUUGAACUUUUUAGAAAAGUAGAAUACAACUUUUAUUGAUAAGUGGCUCGAGGCCGAGGGUGGCGUUCGACCAACAAUCCGUGGGAAGGUGAGGGCUUUGCCGGCUGCGCCGUCCCCGGAUUAUUGAUAGAAUUUGACCAAGUGAUGUACAUUCCAUGUCUGUGGUACAUUGGACCCAUUUGGGUGUUUUAGUUUGUAGCUGCCGGGCUUGACCACGACACUGACGAUGUAGGGGCCUUCGUAUUUGAGUGUCAGCUUGCCACCUUUCGUCGGCUUACUCGCUUCUCUUCGGCGAAGGACAUAGUCCCCCACCUUGAAUUCCCGGGAACGUACCUUGGCGUCAUAGUAUGAUUUUACUUGACGCCGGUAGUUCUCUGCCCGGAUGAAGGCCUGCUCUCGUCUUUCUUCGAUCAGGUGGAGAUCAAUCUUCAUGUUUUCUUCAUUGGCUUCAGGCUCAUAGCGCUCCACCCAUCGGCUGGGUAUGGUGACCUCUGUGGGCGCCUUUGCUUAAAAGCCAUAGCAAAGGGCAAAGGGUGUUUCGCCCGUCGCCCUCCUCAACGUAGUACGGUAGCACCACAGAAUAUUGGGGAGCUCAUCGGCCCAACUGCCCCCCUGCGUCUUGGAGCUUCUUCUUCAAGCCUUCCAGGAUGGUUCUGUUGGCGUUCUCGACUUGCCCGUUGCCUUGAGGAUAGGCAACGGAGGAGAAAUGAUGUUUGAUUCCCCACUCUUGGAGGAGCUCUUGGAAGGGUGCGGCCUCGAACUGGGUGCCGUUAUCGGAUAUGAUCUCAUGAGGAACGCCGAAGCGGGUAAGGAUAUUCUUGUGGACGAAUUUCUGACACUUGGCCCGUGUGAUGCUGGCCAAGGGUUCCGCUUCGACCCACUUGGUGAAGUAGUCCACGGCGACGAUGAUGUAGCGGUUGUUGCCAGCGGCUCUGGGCAGGGGGCCGACCAGGUCAAUACCCCAUCUUGAGAAUGGGAUCGCGGUGCUGACCAGGGCGUAGUUGACGCCUGGCCGACCAGGGGCCUUCUGAAGGACCUGGCAUGCAGUACACUUCCUUGCAAGAUUAGCA